GUGGAAGCAGCUUGGUGGGGGUGUCGUCGGGACCGUCGCAACCGUUGCUAUCGCCGUCAUCGCCAAGAACGACUUGGAGCGGGCCAAGCGUGAGUCACCCGAAGGGCGGCUGCAGGCGGUGCAUCGUAUGAUGCGGCCGCACGAGCCUGCAAAAGGCGGAUACAAUGCAUUGGACUUGGUGAAAGCCUGCGAGCAUUACACAGGGCCCGACUUCCUGGAGGAGGUGAGGUGGAAGAAGGAGGCCACGGCCCACAUGGAAGUGCUGCGCUUUCGGGAGCAGUGUAAGUUCCAGACUGUGGACAGCAUCGCCCCCGCCGGCGCCAACAUUCUCAAAGCCCUGUUGGCCAACCGCAAAGGCGGCGACGGCCAGGGCGUGGCUGCGCUGAGUGCCGGAACGGCCGUGGGGCCGAAGAAGGUCGCGCAGUGGAUGAGGCAGGAGGGCUGCCACCCAGUCAUUUGGCAUACGAGAGAGGAGAAGUACAAGUUUGCGUCGGAGCGCCACGCGCAAGCCGCGGCCGCAAUUUUGAACCGACGCUGGUGGCCCCUUUGA